CACCGGCUACCGGCACCGCGCACUGCCGCCAACCAGGUGUCGUCGGCACUACUCCCGUCACCGAUACUCGUAACGUGGCUGCGCCGUCGUCGACGGUUGAGUGUUGACCUGUGCCAUUGCCGUUUGCCGUAGAAAACAUAAUAACAUUAUAAUAAUAUAUUAUAUACGGCUCAAACGGCUGUGCGCCUGUGCGGGUCUGCGCAUGGGACUUUGAGGCAGGUGAGCGGGGCUCGUUACCCGCGGAAGCGUCGGUCACGUAGGACGUAGAUAAACCGGAGCAGGUUACAGGUGUCAAUACCCAAUAAACGCAUGACGUACUAUUAUUGUUGCCGACCAGUUUGUUCGCAGUGUUACUAGUUACUACAGUAUUAGUACCUGAAUUGAAAAAAAUAGUAAACGCGCGGACGGUGGAAAGUUUGUUUGGCACUUUGACGGACGUUUGGGCGUUUGUUCACCGGUGCGGUGUAUCCACAAUCGUACAUCAUCCGAAUCGAUUCGUUACUGUACAAACUGUCAAACUACAAGACGAUUUUGAUAUAUUUUUAGCACAAAAAUUCUAAUUCAAAAACGAUCACGAUGUUUUCUGCAGAGAUCACGCUUAAGAGACUGAUCAACAUAAAAUUGUUUAAAAAACAAUAUAUGCCAAGUAGUACAAUAUCAGCUAAAAUAGAAGAGUCAGUACUUCAAGGAAUCAAUAAAGUUAACUGUACAUCGAGUUUAGAUAUAAAUGAACCAUCUUUAAAUAGCCCUGUACCUAUUUUUAGAAUAUUGAAUGAUACUGGAGACAUUUCGAGCAAUUGUAAAUCUAUAAUUAUACCAGAAAAUAAUGAUUUGAUUAAAAUGUAUAAAUCUAUGGUUUUACUAUCCAUAAUGGAUAAAAUAUUGUAUGAAUCUCAAAGGCAAGGUAGAAUAUCAUUUUAUAUGACAAACGAAGGCGAAGAAGCUGCACAAAUUGGUAGUGCAGCCGGAUUACAUGUUAAUGAUCUUGUGUAUGGGCAAUACAGAGAAGCGGGAGUUUUAUUAUUCAGAGGCUACACACCUGAAGAAUUUAUGAAUCAAUGUUUUGGUAAUGUAGAUGAUCUUGGUAAAGGAAAGCAAAUGCCAGUACAUUAUGGAUCUAAAAAUCAUAAUUUCGUGACUAUUUCGUCUCCGCUUACAACGCAACUACCUCAAGCUGUUGGAUCAGCAUAUUCGUUUAAACGAUUAAAAAUCAAUCGUUGUACUAUUGUUUAUUUUGGUGAGGGGGCUGCAAGCGAAGGAGAUGCGCAUGCUGCAUUUAAUUUUGCGUCUACUCUGGACUGUCCAAUAAUAUUUUUUUGUCGUAAUAAUGGAUAUGCUAUAUCAACACCAGCUAAUGAACAGUACAGAGGAGAUGGUAUUGUAAGUCACGGUUCUGGCUACGGAAUUGCUACUAUUCGUGUCGAUGGCAAUGAUAUUCUGGCAGUAUAUAAUGCAAUUAUAAAAGCUCGAGAAUAUGUUAUGAAUAACACAAGACCUCUGAUAUUAGAAGCUAUGACUUAUAGGCGAGGUCAUCAUAGUACUUCUGACGAUAGUACUGCGUACAGAUCUAAAGACGAGAUUAAAGAAUGGUCAAACAAAAAUCCAAUUACAAGAUUCAAGCGAUUACUUGAAAAAAAUAAUCUUUGGAAUGAUCAAAAUGAAGUUGAAUAUGCAAAUGAAACUAAAAAACAAUUGAUGCAGUCAUUUACAAUUGCAUCAAAAAAAAAUAAACCUAAUUGGAGAGAAAUGUUUAAUGAUGUGUAUCACGAAAUCCCAGAUAAUCUAUUGGAACAAAUGAACUCACUGGAAGAUCAUAUAUCAAAAUAUUCUGAUCAUUAUCCUAAAGAGUAAAAGUUUGAAAAAUAUUUUUACCUAGUUAAUAUAAAUUUAUAAAUAUUAAACUGUAUAAUACAAGAUAUAAUUGUCUAAUAUAUUAUUGUUAAAGA